AUGGGUUCGGAUCCGCAGUACGCGAAGUGGCCCCUCCUGCCUCUCGCCCAGCACGUCUUCACCAUCACGAAUUCCUACGCUACCCGGCCCGCCCAGCAGGCCGCCGUCAAGAGCUUGCAGGAUGGCAUCGGCGAGCACAAGAUGGCCCCGCUGUACAAGUACCUCGCCCACCCGACCGAGGGCAUCCUGAACCUGACCGGCGAGACCACCUCGUCCGCGCCCCCGCCGCAGAAGCCCGUCGGCCGGAAACCGAGCGUGGCCGGCAUGGUCGCCACCAAGGGCUCCACCGUCGGAGUCACCCUGCCCUGGGACGAGGAGGUCUACCAGCAGCUCAAGGCCGAGAACGACAAGGAGCUCGACGGGUACCAGAAGGAGGAGGACGAGGCCGUGGAGAAGGCUGGCGACACCGAGAUCAUGGCUGCGCGAGGGAAGCGUGCCGAAUUCUUUGCUCGGAUCGGCGACAAGGACAAGGCGAUAGCAGCCUACGAAGACGUAUUCGAAAAGACGGGCAUCCUCGGCACCAAGAUCGACCUCGUCCUAGCCAUAAUCCGCAUGGGCCUCUUCUACGGCGACAAGGCCCUGGUCAGGAAGCAUGUCGCCCGAGCCAAGACCCUCGUCGACAGCGGAGGCGAUUGGGACCGCCGAAACCGCCUAAAGGCUUACGAGGGCCUCCAUCUUCUGACCGUCCGAUCGUACAACCUCGCCGCGCCGCUCCUCCUCGACUCUCUCUCCACAUUCACGAGCUACGAACUAUGCACAUACUCGAAUCUGGUCGUCUACUCGGUUCUCGCCGGCUCCGUUUCCCUCAAGCGGGUCGACUUCAAGAGCAAAGUGGUCGAUGCGCCCGAGAUCAAAGCCAUCCUGGGAGCCGACGGUGACGACAAGCUGCUCGCCCUGACCGGCGCGCUUUCCGCGGGGCCGGGUGCGGAGGACGCCGAGAUGGGCGAUCCUAAGGAUGCCGCCGCCGCCGCCGCCGCGCCCACCAAGACCACUACGGCCGUCAAUCUGACUACACUAGGCUCCAGUGUAGACCAGCCCGAGGCGGAGAUGGCGGUCGACUUUUCCCCCCUCGCCCAGCUGGUCAACAGCUUGUAUAACGGUAACUACAAGCUCUUCUUCCAGGCGCUGGCCUUGGUCGAGGAGCAAUUCCUAACCCAGGACCGCUACCUGCACGAGCACAAGGGCUGGUUCAUCCGCGAGAUGCGGCUACGUGCUUACCAGCAGCUGCUGCAGAGCUACCGCGUCGUGGGGCUGGAGAGCAUGGCCAACGACUUCGGAGUCACGGUGGACUUCCUCGACCGCGACCUCGCCAGGUUCAUCGCCGGCGGGCGCAUCCCGUGCACCAUUGACCGCGUCAGCGGCAAGGGUGUCAUCGAGACGAACCGCCCGGACGACAAGAACAAGCAGUACCAGGACGUCGUUAAGCAGGGUGACCAACUCAUCACUAAGCUGCAGAAGUACGGCCAGGCCGUGCGGCUCCGCGGCAGCGAGAGGGCGUAG